UGUCUCCUUCACUCGCGUUCAGUAGCGAUCGGGCUGCGCUGGGGCACACUCAAGCGCAUGUUUUUUAAAUAGAACACCUUGAACUCUAAAUAUCCGUAAACAUCUUAAAUGUUUUAACUUAUAGCUAAUGUUGUUUUACAAAGUGCAAGUGAGACAGGAUGUACGGAUUCAGUAAAGUGGGAACGAGGCAGGUGAUGAGAUGGAGGGAGUGUCGGUUAUUUGACAGAAUGAAAUAUCAUUCUGGAGCCGGCGUGUUCGGUCAUCGACCGCGAACAGAAAGCCAGUGUGAAACGCCACAAGAAGUACUCGUGAAGAGAUACGAGAACUGCCGCGCGCAGCAACUAGUCGACGCCUAUCGCACCCACGGACACCUUAAAGCUACCAUUGAUAACGUAGAAUACAAGAGCGUUGACAGGAACUUGAAAGUGUUGGAGCCGUCCCGAUACGGGCUGUCGGCGCAGGACGCUGUUGACGCGGGCAUCGUGUACGGCGCCGACGGCAAGCGCGCCGUGGCCGACCUCGUCGACCAGCUCGAGCGGAUAUACUGCGGACCGAUUUCUUAUGAAUUCACACAUUUAGAGACAGAAGCCGAGCGAGAAUGGUUCGCACAACGAGUGGAGAGCGGAGUAGACCACAUAGACAAGACACGUCGACUGGAAAUAGCCAAAGAGCUGCUGCAGUCACAGGCGUGGGAUAAGUUCUUGGCAGUGAAGUUUCCCUCCAUCAAGCGGUAUUGCGGAGAGGGCGCUGAAUCGCUUCUAACGUUCUUCUCGACGCUGUUUGAACUGACUACCUCAGAGGGAGUCCAGCAUGUGACAGUGAACAUGGCGCAUCGUGGUAAGCUGAACACCCUGACAGGGCUGCUGGGCUGUCCGCCAGUGAGGAUAUUCCACAAAUUCAGUGGGCAACCCGAGUUCCCUGAGGAGGCCGGCGCCGCCUGCGAUACGGUCAUGCAUUUCAGUUCUUCAUCAGACAUAGUCCGAAAUGGUAAAUCAGUUCGAUUUUCUCUCAUCAACUGCCCGUCUCAUUUGGAGGCCGCCAACCCAGUGGCUAUGGGCAAGGCGCGAUCGAAACAACUGCAGUUGAAAGAAGGGGAUUACUCGACAGACGGUUCCUCCAAGAUGGGAGACAAAGUAUUAAAUUUGCAAAUCCACGGUGAUGCAGCCUUCACCGGGCAGGGCAUCAACCAAGAGGGCCUUAUGCUGUCCCGUGCGCCGCACUUCGACAUCGGCGGAUCCAUACACGUCAUCGUCAACAACCAAGUGGGAUUCACAUUGCCUGCUCACCGUGGACGGUCCUGCCGUUACGUCACAGACUUGGCGAAGACAAUAGCGGCUCCCGUCAUUCACGUCAAUGCCGAUCACCCAGAGUUAGUCCAGAAAGCAACAAAUAUUGCGUUCGAAUAUCAGCGGCAGUUCCGCAAGGACGUCUUCUUGGACUACAACUGCUUCCGGCGCUGGGGUCACAACGAGGUCGACGACCCCACCUUCACCAACCCUCUGCUCUACAAGGUCAUACACAACCGCAAAACAAUUCCUGAUCUGUAUGCAGAAAAACUAGUGUCGGAAGGUGUUAUGAAAGAAGACGAAAUCCAAAACAUUUCAGCUGAUUACACGAAAUAUUUACAAUCACAAUUAGAAGCUGCAAAUUCUUAUAAACCUGAGGCUUCGUACUACCAAGAGCAGUGGUCCGGCAUGGGAGGUGCGCCGCGCGCCGUUGAAACCUGGGACACGGGUGCAGACCUGAAUUUACUGCAAACCGUCGGGCGCGCCUCUGUUCAUACUCCUAGCGACUUUAACAUCCAUCCACAUUUAGCAAAGAUGCACGUGAACAAUCGCAUAUCAAAAUUAACAGAUGGGAAAGCGCUGGAUUGGGCGACAGCUGAAGCUUUGGCAUUUGGUUCGUUGCUAAUGGAGGGUGUGAACGUGCGGCUGAGCGGCGAGGACGUCGGCCGCGGCACCUUCUCCCACCGGCACGCGAUGCUGGUCGACCAGGACACCGAACACAUCUACAUACCGCUCAACCACAUACAUCCCGAGCAGAAAGGAUUUCUAGAGGUAGCAAACUCCAUCCUGUCAGAAGAGGCGGUGCUCGCCUACGAAUACGGGAUGGCGUACGACUCGCCCGCAAACCUGUGUAUUUGGGAAGCGCAGUUUGGAGACUUCUACAACGGCGCGCAGAUUAUCGUUGACACUUUCAUCGCUUCUGGAGAAUCAAAAUGGAUGAGAAGCAACGGACUAGUAAUGUUGCUGCCACACGGCUACGACGGUGCAUGCUCAGAACACUCUUCGUGCAGGGUGGAGCGAUUCCUGCAACUAUCGGAUAGUAAGGAGGCCUCCCCGGACUCCGAGGCUGUGUGCCUCCACAUCGCCAAUCCUACGACGCCAGCGCAAUACUUCCAUCUCUUAAGAAGACAGAUGGUGCGCAACUACAGGAAGCCGCUGGUGGUGGUGGCGCCAAAAAUACUGCUGCGGUUGGCCGACGCGGUAUCGCCACUGCAGGACUUUGCACCCGGCACACAUUUCAAUCCCGUUAUUGGUGACCCACUAGCCGACCCCCUGAAGGUAAAACGGGUGAUCCUGGUGAGCGGCAAACAUUACUACGAGCUGCACAAAGAGCGCGUGAGCGCCAGGAUCGAAGAUGUAGCCAUCGUGAGGCUGGAGUCACUCAGUCCCUUCCCCCUGCAGGCGCUGCAGGCCGAGCUCGACAAAUAUGGCAAUGCUAGAAAAUUCAUAUGGAGUCAAGAAGAACAUAGAAAUAUGGGAGCGUGGACCUUCGUCAAACCUCGAUUUGAAAAUUUAUUAGGCAGAAAGUUGGUGUACGCGGGCCGAGCUGAGGCGCCGACACCGGCCGUGGGGGCGGGCGUGCUGCACCGCAGGGAAGUUGAACAAAUCCUCCGUGAACCGCUUUACAACAUCAAAUGAUUCGUUCGAUCAAAUGAUGAUUCGGUCCGAUUACUAAUCAAGACUUCAAGGGAAAAACGAUAAGACUCCGUUCUUAUAUCCACUCACAUUGUUAUUUAUAAGAUGGUCUAUGUAAACAUAAAAUAAAAAUAGAUAAUUCAGCCUAUAUAGGUACAUAUACAAUACAUUCCCCCGCUGGGCACAGGGCUCUUCUCGCUCGCGAGAGGGCUUGGGCUAUGUAUGCAAACAUAUGUAUAUUAUCUUUCUUAUUAGGUAGGUACUUACCUAAUUGUUUUGCAAUCACAUGUACCGGACAGGGUAUUACAAAGUUGCAUUUAAUUUUUAUACACACUGUAUACAUUUUUACUCAAAAGUUUGCUUUUUUUAAUGUGCUUUCGGAUAAUUUCGAACGAUGCAGCCUUAUGAAUAGGUAAGGAAGCUAUUCUAUUCUAUCUAUCCAAUUGCUUUGUCCAAUGUAUAUUGUGUUUCACAUUAGAGAGUGAGACGCAAUGACGUUGGGCAAAGAAAUUAUCGGACAGGUGGAAAACCACCCGCUAAGAUAAUAAUUAAUAACACUAUCCUAGUGAUGAUAUUGUUGUUUGAAUGGUAUGGUAAGCAAAAUGUUUUAAAAUUGCUCGAACAAUCGUUGUUGUGAGUGGACCGAAUUAAACUCUAGUCUAGGCCAGUUUUUUUUA